AUCGUUAUAAUAUUUGCGUUUUAUAUUUCAUACAGACAUAUACAUGAAUGUUGAUAGAAAUUUGCGUUCAAAUUUGAUUCAAAUGUGUCAGCCAUAUUUGAUUUGCGUAGUAACCGGAAUCGGACCAGUCUCCCCUAAUGGAAUCGCGAGUCGAGAUCGUCAGUUGCCUCCGCGUUCGUUUACAGUGUAAUUAUGCGUGACAAUGUAAUUAUAUGUGACAAAAUGCAGUACAAGUAUAAUCGCGAGCAGUGGAUAAGCAUAAGUGAGUUUGAAUAACGUCGUUUAAUCAUCACGAUUAAUGCUAUAAUGGCUGUAAUCAUAACUCGAUUUUAGGAAGAAUGAAGUAAGCGUAAAGCAUCGGGAGUGUCGAGAAAAGUAACGGGCGACUAUCGUAUUAUGCACAAAUCGUGAAUAUCGCGAUCGCGUGUGACAAUUCAAGUGAAUUCUGAGUGUGAUUGCAGCUCUAAGCAGCUCUAAUUAGCGCUCUGCAAUUACCGACAUUAUCAACGAGGCGCGGCGCCUGCCAGGAGCUUCGCCGACGCGCCGCAAGAUGACGGCGGAGCGCGGCCGUGCACCUGUGGUGACAGCACGUGCUAUAGCUGAGUGGCGGUUCGGUUAUCGUGAAAAGUGAGUAUAAUUUCGGAGUGCUGAGUGUUUCCGCUUUUUUGCGAGCGUCCGAUGUGACUGACAUCCCGGCGAUCACCUGGUGGACGUCGAGACGCGGCCGUAUCGGCGAAUUACGGCGGCGGACGAGGCUCCUGUUUACGCGACGCCAGCACGUACGAGCAGUCGGCAGGGAAGGAAUGAGCUGUACGGAUUUCCGGAAGCUGUAUUAGGGUGAAGCAGCAGCACGGAUUCGACGAUCAGGACGACUGAAGCGGAUCGACAAGUUUGCAUCGGUAUUGGUGAAUGCUUGUAGCCGUAUCAUCAUAAUGCUGGCAGCUGACAUUUAAACAAUAGGAAUUGUUAAAGAUACAUGUUUUAGAAGCUAUAGAAUCAAGAUGUCGCGAACGGCGAAUUUUUUCUCGCAUGCUCCAGGCUCAUCCGAGAUGGACGUAAUCGCGUACAAUCAACACGAAACCAAUAGCAUCGCGAGCAGCACCGAUGGCGCCGAGACUCAAUACGACGAGGAGAGCGUGCCCGACCUCGACGUCGACGGGGACCUGCUGUCGAUCGACGGCGACAAACAGAAUAAACUGCCCUUCCGCAGGAGCUUGUUCGACAACGUGGCGCCCUACAUCGUCUUUCAGUCGUUCGAAUGCAAGAAUGGCCCGGUACUGCCGUACGAAGUGGCGCGGCACCUCAAGUGGCACCUCAGCACGAUAACACCGAUAAUAGUGCGUCGCACCGUCGUGAAUUCCGGAUAUCGAUUGAUGAAGAAGUGCCAGAACUGGUGCGGCACCUGGGGCAAGCACAUGAAGUCCGCCUGCUACAAGAGCUUGAAGCAGUCGCAGAAGGUCAACCACUUCCCCGGGACCUACCAAAUCGGCCGGAAGGAUCGGCUGUCGCGCAAUCUCAGCCGGAUGAUGAUGAAGUACGGCAAGCGCGAGUUCGGCUUCGUGCCGCGCACCUACGUGCUACCUCAGGACCUGCGUCUCUUCCGCCAGGUAUGGGAGAAGAACGGGGGCAAGGAGAAGUGGAUCAUCAAGCCACCGGCCUCCGCUCGCGGCACCGGGAUCCGCGUCGUCCAUCGCUGGUCGCAGAUACCAAAGAAACGCGCCGUCGUCGUCCAGCAAUAUCUGUCGCGACCGUUGCUGAUACGCGGCGCCAAGUUCGACCUGCGCCUUUACGUGCUCAUCACCAGCAUUAAUCCGCUCAAGAUCUACAUCUAUCCGGACGGCCUCGCGCGCUUCGCCUCCGUCAAAUACAACGACGACAUCAACUACCUCAGCGACCGUUUCAUGCAUCUUACCAACUAUAGCAUUAAUAAGACCAGCGCGACCUACACCAGCAACGACUGCGCGGACUCGAGCACCGGUCACAAGUGGACUCUAAGAACUCUAUGGUCCUAUCUCGAGCAGGAAAAUGUGAAUAUUGCCAAGAUUUGGGUGUCUAUAAAGGACAUAGUCAUCAAGACGAUGAUAGCCGGCGAAUCUCCCAUCAACACUCUAACGAGAACCAAUACGACUUCGAGGUAUUGUUGCUAUGAGCUUUUCGGCAUCGAUAUUCUCUUGGAUGAGAAUCGGAAACCGUGGUUACUCGAGGUGAAUAUAUCGCCCUCCCUACAGUCUUCCUCGCCGCUGGACAUUGCUGUCAAGGGGCCUCUUAUUAAAAACGUCUUUAACAUAGCCGGAUAUCAAUUGCCUACGUGCAUACCGUCUGAAGAAGCGGAGAAACUAGCCCAAAGAUACCAGUUGGAUCUGGUGUGCCAAGAUUACAGACUGCACCGAACUACACUUAGCUAUCAAGAACGGCACAAGCAAUCGUUGUACGCGAAUCUGAGAAAUCGGGAAGACUACCUUGAUGAAAUAAUCGAGGAUCUCACGCCCGACGAUGUCAGACACUUGAUCACUUACGAGGACGAACUGACGCAGUUGGGUAGAUUCGAGAAAAUUUUUCCUACCACCACCAGUCACCAGUACUUGCAGUACUUUGAUGUUCCGAGAUACUACAAUAUGUUGUUCGACGCGUGGGAGGCUAAGUAUGGCGACAAUCGGGACGAAGGUAUUUCCCGAUUACAAAAGCUAUGCAAGACCAAAUAUCACUUGGAACAAUCUUGGAACUGAUCUUUUAAAUAGUAAUCUUCCUCCCGGACGUCAUGUUUAUAUCGAUAAUUAUCGACAUCAAAGAGACGCCAAACUACAAGGUCGUUUGAAAUCAACAUUUUUAGAUAGAAUCCUUCUCAUCUUGUACGCUAUGCGCACUUGUAUACGGGUAAACGUACCAUUUCCACGUCCGUGGUUCGUCAAGAACCAAAUUCAUUAUGUGCCUUUUCCCACGGUUGUGCGAAUUUAUUUUAUUGUAUGAAAUUUUGUCUUUAAUAAAAAUUUUUCACUACA